AGUGCGGGCCAGUACCAACCCCAUCCUGGCUACUGUGACCAGCCGAUAUGACUCACCUACAGCGCGGCAUUUUGAGUGUGUCAUGACCUCAUGACCGCCACUAGACUCGAAACACACCAGACCACAACACAAAACGCCUCUAAGAGCGCGUUGCCAUGGCAACUGGUACAAAACAAACGAAGGUUAUCGUUAAUAGUGUUAAUUUAGCUUUGUGACUAAAUUAACCAUGAGUAAAAGUAAGAGUGGAGCUCUCUGGGAGGAUAGGGAAGUGUUAUUUGAUCUGCCUUUUACCUAUCUAAAACUACGACCAGGUGAAAAGAUCUUCGACAGAAUCGAACCCGUAGAAGACACUAAAGGCAACACUGGCACCAAGGGCCGUAUGGUCGUCACCAAUCUACGACUCAUCUGGCACUCUUUAUCAUCCCCUAGGAUCAAUUUGUCUGUAGGCCUGAAUUGCAUUAUUUCAACCAGCACCAAAGUGGUGAAUUCCGGUCUCCGCGGGACCACGCAAGCUCUUUACCUUUUGGCUGCGUACAGGUCGAGCCGUUAUGAGUUUAUCUUCACGAACUUGGCUCCGAACUGCGUGCGGCACUACACGUCCGUGGCUGGUGUACACAAGGCGUACACAGCUUCAAGGCCGUAUCGAGAUCUGAAGCUGCGCAGUGCCAUCAUACAUAACAAGCAGCUCAGGAUACUGCCGUUAGAGAGGAUUUGUCUGAACGAGCACAGCAUCUGGAACUUAUCCAGCGAGUCGGGAAACUUGGGCACUAUGGUGGUCACUAACGUCAGAGUCGUGUGGUACGCGGACAUCAAUGAAUCCUUCAACGUGUCGUUACCCUACUUGACUAUUGACAGUAUCUCCACCCGUGACUCGAAAUUCGGCGAGGCGCUAGUGAUAGCGGCCCGUCAGAGCAGCGGCGGCUACGUCCUAGGUUUCCGGGCUGACCCGAAGGAAAGACUACACUCUUUGAGAGACGAGCUGAAGGAAUUACACAGGGCGUACAGCGAGAGACCUGUGUUUGGAGUUGAGAUGAACUGGAACGAGCAACCCUCAGAACCGCCAAAAGACGACAUCGAAGAGCUUCAAGAAAUCGGCGAGCCCCGGGGCGAGAUGGGCCCAAACCUCUACCUGGCGUCCCAGCUGGCUCAGAACAAGCCUGAUGGUGAAGUACAGCCGGUGUACAGCUCGUAUCUCGGCCUGGCUAUAGAGCCCUUGAAGGAGGGAUUCACCUGAAAAGUCUCUUUGAAGUGCAGACUAGCUCUUCAUAGAACU